AUUUUUCAAAAAAAUACAAUAUGAAAGGAGGUAAAUAAUAAAAGAACAAAUCAAUCUGGGAUACAGUCAAAAAUGAAGAGAAAGACUUCUAUUUUAACUUUUUAUCCAAAAAAUAUAGAAAUCUCCAAAAGAAACUCAAGGAUAUUGCAGAGCUUGAAGAAUUACAAAAAACUAAAGAAUUGAAACAAGAAUAGAUCUAGAAGAUUCAAAAUAAAGAAGAAAACAAUGAAAAAAUCAAAGAAUUAGAAGGACAACUUACAAAUUGGCUAAAUGCUAAGAAAGAAGCAGAACAAUAAGGAUCAUUAAUUACUAUUGAAGCAUAUAUUAUAAUUCUUCAAUAUCUCGCCUAAGAUCCUUAAUUAAUCACUCUUUUAGCUUAAGAUCAUGAAUCUACCCAUGAAUUGGCUAAAUUAUUUUAAUCUAAAAUAGUUGGAUAAUAACUCAAAAAAGAUCAACCAUGGAAAGGAUUGAAAGUAUUUAAAUUAUUUAUACUUAUAGUUUGAAACUUAAUCAAAAGAAUAAGAGUAAGAACCUAAGUAAGAAUAAAAUGAAACAGAAACAGUUCAAUAAUAAGUUCAAUAAGUUAUUUAAUAAUAAGAAUAAUAAGUCUUAUCAAAUUAAACACCAUAAGAAGAAGUCUAACUUUCAUCUAAAUAAGUUGAAUAAUCUGAAGUUGUUGAAACUGAAUAAUAGUAAUUUAUUGAAUAAUAACCAUUAAAUGAAUAACCAUAAGAGGAUACUUCAAAUUAAGUCUAACAAUCUAAUUAAGAUUAGUUACCUUAAACAAGAGAAGGCCAAAGACACAAUUAAUAAUAUGAUGACAGAAAAAAUUAUAAAAAAUAUUACAAUAAUAAUAAUUAUGACAGAAGAAACAAUUACGAUAGACCAUAUAAAGGAAAUAAAUAACAUUAUCAUAAUAGAGACAGAAAUUAUUAAUAAGAUUAACUCUGGGAAGAAAAAGUUGACAAAUAACCUACACAAAAUUAGGAAGAAAAAUAACAAGAAGAAGAUGAUUACAUUACAGUUAGAAGCAAGUACCAUCUACUUUUAUUCUAUUUAGAAAACCAUAAAGAGGAGGAUAGAGAAACUAUGAAAAUAGAAACAACAACAGAAAUUACGAUAACAAUCCAUAAAGAAGACAGAAAAACAAUGAGGAAGUUGAUUAAUGAGAGUAUUUUAAAUAUAUAUAUAUUUAUAUAGCUUAAUCAUAUAUAUAGGGUAUCCAUUAAUUAUUAUCUUUAAAGUCUAAU